GUGGGGGCUCUGCCUCAGGCUGGACGCGCUCAAGCGCUGGGAUGGGGGGGGCCCGCUCUGGUGCGAGCGGGGGGCUCAGGCGCUGCUCACGGCCGUGGGCGCCUUCGCGGCCUUCGGCCUCAUGACCAUCGCCAUCGGCACCGAUUACUGGCUCUACGCCCGCGCCGUCGUCUGCAACGCCAGCAACGCCACCGGCGACGACGGGGGGCAGCGGGACCGGCGCGAGCCGGGGGGCAUGACCCACUCCGGGCUCUGGAGGGUCUGCUGCCUCGAGGGCCUCAAGCGGGGGCUCUGCCUGAAGAUCAACCACUUCCCUGAGGACAUGGAGUACGACCACGACAGCGCCGAGUACCUGCUCCGGGUGGUGCGGGCCUCCAGCAUCUUCCCGAUCCUGAGCGCGGCGCUGCUGCUGCUGGGGGGGGUCUGCGUGGCCGCCAGCCGCAUGCGGGGGGCCCGGACCAGCCUCGUGCUGGGGG